CUAACGCUCAUCUAGUCUUUUUUUUGUCGGUGGCAUGGUGCCAGAAGCUGCAGUACAAACGGGGUUCUCACGGGAAAAUACUAACAUUUAAAAGCUAAUUAGGGUAUUUACUGAAUAUUUUUGACAAUUUAUAAUUUUCGCAGCACAUGUCAGCCAUCAAAUCCUCAUUAAUUCAAAUCCCGGCCUCAGACUUUGAGGUUGACAAUUAUUCCCCAAGGUUAGUGAGCUAGCGCGCUAACGAUAGCCGAUUAAAGUAGUUAAGCUAACGGGUAACUCGACAGCCACUUUAAGCCACAGCAUCUUUAUUUUCUCGGUUACUAAAAGAUCCAAAAAUAGGGGAGUAAAAUGGCGGAAGCCGACAAGUUGAACAUCGACUCCAUUAUACAGCGUCUGCUCGAAGUGAAAGGAUCCAGACCUGGUAAAAACGUUCAGCUGACAGAGAAUGAAAUCCGUGGCCUCUGCCUGAAGUCCCGGGAGAUCUUCCUCAGCCAGCCGAUCCUGCUAGAACUGGAGGCGCCCCUCAAGAUUUGUGGCGACGUUCACGGGCAAUACUAUGAUCUUCUGAGGCUGUUUGAAUACGGCGGCUUCCCACCAGAGAGCAACUACCUGUUCCUGGGCGAUUAUGUGGACAGAGGCAAGCAGUCCCUGGAGACCAUCUGCCUCCUGUUGGCUUACAAGAUCAAAUACCCAGAAAACUUUUUUCUGCUGAGAGGAAACCACGAAUGCGCCUCAAUUAACAGAAUAUACGGCUUCUAUGAUGAGUGUAAAAGGCGAUACAACAUAAAGCUGUGGAAGACCUUCACCGACUGCUUCAACUGUUUGCCUGUUGCAGCCAUUGUUGACGAGAAGAUCUUCUGUUGCCAUGGAGGCCUUUCCCCGGACCUCCAGUCCAUGGAGCAGGUCAGAAGGGUCAUGCGCCCCACCGACGUGCCCGACCAGGGCCUCCUCUGCGACCUGCUGUGGGCCGACCCAGACAAGGACGUGCUGGGCUGGGGCGAGAACGACCGCGGGGUCUCCUUCACCUUUGGCGCCGACGUGGUCACAAAGUUCCUCCACAGACAUGACAUGGACCUGAUUUGUCGAGCCCAUCAGGUGGUUGAGGACGGUUAUGAGUUCUUUGCUAAAAGGCAGUUGGUGACGCUGUUUUCGGCCCCAAACUACUGCGGGGAGUUUGACAACGCAGGGGCCAUGAUGAGCGUAGAUGAGACCCUCAUGUGUUCAUUCCAGAUCCUGAAACCGGCCGACAAGAAGCUGUUCUACAGCGGCGGAGGCAGCAUGGGCUCCGGUCGCCCAGUCACUCCUCCCAGGAAAGCUAAGAAAUGACAGCAGUAGUUUGCUCUUCGACCUCCAGCCCAUCCCUCCUGCCCUCUACCUCUCUUCUCCUUUCUUUCACCAAACAGCCAGAAAUCAAACCUAUACCCAGGGCUUUUUUUCUUUUUUUAUCUGUACUUCUUAAAACAUUUAAUGUAAUGAAUUGUCUGAUUGUGUGCGUGCGUGCGCGGACUAUACACUUGUCUCGUCUGCAGGUGAGCAUUAAAUCACAUGUACAUUUUUGCGAAAUUAUUGAAAGGUUUAUACUUUCCCCUUGUUCUGACCACACUUCCAGUGGCCACGCUGAAGCCACAGGAUUGGUCUCUACGGUAAUCCGACUGAAACAGCAGGGUUUUGGGAGACUGUGGCAGGUUGCCAUCAUGGUGGUUUUGGCAACCAAACUCAUACUUGUAGAGAUAAGAGGGGGAGGCGUGCUUUGUUUUCCCUGUUCCUGUACUGUACAAUCUCAAACACAGGUGUGUCUGUGUGUGUGUCUGCCGUGUCUUGCGUAGUUCACUGUAAUGUCUGAUUAUCUCUAAAUGAGGAGUUGCAUCAUUUCCAAGCAAGCACACGUUUACACACACACACACAAAUGACGUGUCAGACUCAUGAGCCAGAGCUGUAAAAAAAACCCCAUGCAGUUUAGGUUUGUACAGAUUUGAUUACUUGAAAGAGAUUUUUUGUGAAUUCGUUUUGUAGUCUUUCAUCAAGUUGACCAAUAAACCGAGAAUCUGA